AUGAAGAAAACAAGCAGCAAAAGUCAAGCAUAUGCCUCUAGUCAAGAAGAUAGUGAAAAUGAUAGUGAUGAAACUGAAUGUAGUAUUGGUAGUAAUUCAACAGCUGGUACUCAUCGUAGUGAUACACCUACCCGUAGUGCUCGUUACAGAAGAAAAGGACGACGUAGAAGUAAAACAGCAAAAUAUAAACCAUGUACAGAUAAACCUCUUUAUAAAUAUUGCUGCAGUAUUAAAGAAGACCAUGGACAGCCAUUGUUUGGAGUACAAUUUAACCAUCAUUUAAAAGAAGGUGAACCAUUAAUAUUUGCUUCUGUGGGAAGCAAUCGAGUAAGCAUUUAUGAAUGUCCACAAGGAGGAAAUAUUAGAUUACGUCAAUGUUAUGCAGAUCCUGAUCCAGAAGAAAAUUUUUAUACUUGUACUUGGACUUAUGAUGAUUCUGGAAAACCUUUACUAGCAGUAGCUGGAUCACGUGGUGUUGUAAGAGUUAUAAGUCCUGUAACUAUGACUUGCAUUAAACAUUAUAUUGGUCAUGGUCAUGCAAUAAAUGAAUUAAAAAUUCAUCCUAAAGAUCCAAACAUAUUGCUUUCAGCAUCAAAAGAUCAUGCUCUUAGACUAUGGAAUAUAAAAACUGAUGUAUGUAUAGCAAUAUUUGGUGGUGUAGAAGGUCAUAGAGAUGAAGUAUUAAGUGCAGACUUUGAUAUGAAAGGAGAACGUAUUAUUUCAUGUGGUAUGGAUCAUGCUUUAAAAUUAUGGUCAUUAGAUAAAUCAGAUAUGCAAGAAGCAAUAAAACAAUCCUAUUAUUGUAAUCCUAGUCGUAAUGGAAGACCUUUUGAUUCAAUACUUCAACAUUUUCCGGAUUUUACUACACGUGAUGUUCAUCGUAAUUAUGUUGAUUGCGUUAAAUGGUAUGGUGAUUUCAUUUUAAGCAAAUCUUGUGAAAAUUGUAUUGUUUGUUGGAAACCAGGACGGCUAGAAGAUUCUCAAUUACGUAAUGGAGAAACAAGUGCAACUGUCUUACAUAGGUUUGAAUUUAAAGAAUGUGAUAUAUGGUUUAUCAGAUUCUCAAUGGACUUUUGGCAACGUACAAUAGCAUUAGGAAACCAAGUGGGUAGAACAUAUGUAUGGGAUUUAGAAGUUGAUGAACCUGGUCAAGCACGCUGUUAUUCACUUCAACAUCCUAGAUGUACUGCACCUAUACGUCAAACUAGUUUAAGCAGAGAUGGUUCAGUUUUAUUAUGCGUUUGUGAUGAUGCUACUGUAUGGAGAUGGAAUCGUGAACAUUAAUAUUUCCAUAAUACAGGGUGAUUCUUUCUCUAUUGUUCCCAAAAGCAAUGUCAUUAAUCAUACAUUUUCAUUUUUGUUUCAUAUACAUACAUAGAGUUUAUAUCACCCUGUACAUAAAGUGGUGCCUUUAAAUUUACAUAAUGUGCUGUAUUUUAAAUGCUUAUUACUGCCUUUAUAUAUACUAUAAAUAGUAAAUUAUAAACUUACAUUAGUGUUUUAUAACUAAUAAUUUUAUAAUUCUACAAUAAUAAUUUUGA